AUGUCGCCGCGACCCCCCUCGCCGCGCAAGCUUUCGCAGCCCACAGGCAUCGUCAAGAAGACGAAGCCGAAGCCGGAGAAGAAGUCUCCCGCCACCGCCACCAGCGACACCAUGUUCGACACGCUCAUCGAGCGCCUGCAGUCCUUCGGGCCGAGAGCGCGAUCGACGAGCGGAUCGAGAUGGCGGAGAACGAGAAGCUGCGCACUGACCGAAUGGAGCGGCAGAAGCUGCUGCGCUGGGCAAUCCAGCACUGCAUGUAUUUGGAGAGGAAGCACGAGGUCGCCAGCCAGGACAAGUCCUACCGGUAUGUUUCCGAAGCCGGAGAAGAGGUCUCCGGACACCUCCACUACCGAGGCCACCCAGGCCAUGUUCGACUCGCUCAUAGAGUGCCAGAAGCAGUUGCGCUGGACAAUCCAGCGCUGCAUGUAUCUGGAGAGGAAAUAUGAGGCCACCAGCCAGGAAAAGUCCUACCGGUAUCGAGGAGAGAAGGAGGAGAAGGUGGAGCAGGAGAAGGAGAAGGAGAAGGAGUACAAAAUGCCUGGUUCGUGGGUGGAUUAG